UGAGACACAGUGUAAAGUGCUUUGGAUAAAAGCGCUAUAUAAGUGCAGACCAUUUACCAUUAAAUUGUAAUCACUUACAAGUGACAAGUGGCGAGCAGGUUUGGUGUCGCAAUGUAGCUAUAAUUCAAGAACUGUGCAGACUCAAAAGCUAUUUCUAUAAACAUAAACAAAAAUAUGUCCCAGAGCUAAAAAAAAAAAAAAAAAAAAGUCAUAGCUCCAUCAUGAAUUGCUUUCUUUCUCAGUACAUGUGCAUGGACAUUUUCAGAUGUGAGGCCGGUUCUUGUAGGGCACUCUUUUUUUUUCUUUUCAAUUUCUGUUUUUUUUUUUUUUUUUUUUUUUAAAUUCUCUUACAUUUGACAUGAUGCUGAAAAUAAUUACCUCUCAUUUUACUUUCGAUAUUGAAUGGCUUUGAAGGCAAUGAAGGUCCUUAAUGUACCUUUAUAAUAACAGGCUCAGCUUUACUAGUAAUGACUCGUUUUGAGUAAGAGCUUCUUGAGUAAGAGCCAUUAGCCGUGCAGUUUGCACUUCAAUGCAUUGCGCACAUUAAUGCGUACAUAUUUAAAAGCCGGUGUGAUCUUUAUCUCAUAAUUGGCAGAAACAUAUGUUUAUGUUAGAUGACCAUCUCAAGUAAACAAAGCAGAGAAACAAGGCUCAGCAUCUCCUUUGCUCGUCCCUUUUAAAUAAAAAUGUGAAAGAACCAAUUUGAAAUUAAAUAAAAUAAAUAGAAAUUCCAUGGCUUGCACACAGUGAUUCUUUGCCCAUUUUCUGUAUACGCCAGUGUGACCAAUCACCAGGCAGGAAUGUGCCUAAGGAAAUGUUCUGUUUCCUGAAAGCUGAGUUUCCUCCCAACCAGUGAGCUCCAGUCCUGACUGUUACUGACUUUUCAGAUGGUCUCUACAUCUAGGAGGUGGUUAUAUCAUGAACACUCAAGAGCUGGGCUUUGUUUUGAAUCCUGGAGUCCACAACUGAAGCAGAUGCUCUGCUACGUUUGACUGCUCCAGCCUCUACAGAGACACCAGUCUGCACCGAUGUGUCCUCUGUAGUCUAUCUGUAGUGGAAACAGCCAUGCCGACUGAAUCAGUCACUGAAGCGACUGCUCUACAGUUUCCCACACAGUCUGUGGAGAGUUCUGAUGGCCUGAUAUCUCAGCACAUAAAACAAGUACCAUCCACCGAGGGUCCACCAUCUGACAGCUGUAAGACGGCUGUUUCCCAGGCUUGCUGGGAAGUAAACGUGGCCUUUAUGCUUGUGGUUCUCGCCGGGUUCCUCAUCUUGGCUCUGUUUUACUGCGUCCUUCACCUGUGGCACAAACUGCGUUUGGCUCAGGCAGGAAAUGCUUUAGAGUACUUUGGAUUCUACCACAUGGCAAACUACAGCUUGAAACACCAACAUGAACCAACAAGUUUACCUUCAGUGGAUAUUGAUCCCCCUGUUCAGGUGCCUCCUUGUUAUCCACCUCAAACUGUGGUUCCUGAAGAUAGUCAUCCGGUCAUCCCUCCACUCCUCCCUCCACCACCUCUACUUUCAUCUCGACCACCCUCCACCAUGCCUCUGCCGCACCCCAUCAUCUACACUACCCCACCCAGUCCGCAGUCUGACGCAGAGGUAUAUUCCCGCAUAGGCACUCUGCGGCCCUCCAGGCACUCGAGCGUGAGUCAGACACAGGUGGUUCUCUUUGAACACUCGUCCCUGUGACCCCCUCGGAAAAGAACUCCGUCCUCUGUCUCUCCCAUCACAGCAUUUGCUAAGAGACUGCCUUUCACAGUCUAGUGAUUCUGUCAACUUUCAUGUCAUGGUUUUUUUUUCUUGCAUCCUCGGAUGUGGCCUGUGGUACUACUCCAUCUCAUCCAUCUUCACAUGGACAGAACAAUAUGUUGAGGCUGUUUUGACCGUUUAUAGUAUCAUUUUCAAUCUACAUGUAUUUGCUUCUUUAGAUUUGCACUAAAGCUAUGAAGGUUCUAACAGAUAACUUUCCAGUUUAGCACUGCCAUAUUAUAUUCCUUAAUAUCAUCACACUCACCUCAGUUCUGAGACCACAUUUGUACUUUAGAGGAGAUAAUACAGAUAAUAUGUAGGGAAUAUGAGAUGUGCUUUUAUAGGAAAAUAAUCAAGGACAAUAUAGUAUAGUAUGAUAUGGACUGGGUGCACGGUGGCUUCCCGCCGCGGCCCUGUGUGUGCGGAGUUUGCAUGUUCUCCCCAUGCUGCGGGGGUUUCCUCCGGGUACGCCGAUUUCCUCCCCGAGUCCAAAGACAUGCACUGUAGGCUGAUCUAAGUGUCCGUAGUGUAUGAAUGGGUGUGUGAAUGUGAAUGUUUACGUGAGUGUGCCCUACGAUGGAUUGGCACCCCAUCCAGGGUGUACCCUGCCUUGUACCCCAUGAUCCCUGGGAUAGGCUCCAGGCUCCCCACGACCCAGUAGAAUAAGCGGUAUAGAAAAUGGAUGGAUGAUAUGGACCGAUGCAAAGUAAAUUAUUUUCCUGUAACAGCACAUCCCAGAGUGUUUUCUCCUCUUAUACCACAGCAAUUUGCAAACAACUGUAUUUUUGUAUUAAUUAACUUAUGUUACAGCAGCUAUAUGCAAGUGUUCUUUCACCAACCUCUCUUUCCCUCCCCCUCUCUUGUAGUUAAUAAGACAAAACAAAACCCACAGCUUUUACAGAUAAACUGCAAAGUGUAAACUCCUGUCCUGAAGAUUUUGACAUGGUGCACCUUCCAUAAAUAAAAAUCUCCUAAGAGAAAUCUCAAUGAUUAUACAUUUUUUUCAUCCGUUUAUUUUUAGUCUUAGAUUACGUAGAGCGUAUCUGCUAUACAAUCCCCUGUGCAUGAGCUGUUACCAUAGAAAUGUAUAGCAUUGGAAUGAGUGUAUUGAUAUAAACCUGUGAUUUAGAGCUGCACUACUGUCAGAACUACUAUCAUCAGGGCAAAUAGUGCAUGUUUUUGUAACUAGUACUCCUUUUUUAAAGUAUUAUAAGUUGUAGUCAGAGAUGUCAUAUUCAUACAGUGAUUCGUUCUGUAUGAUAUUAGAUUGUUUUGACAUGAUUGCUAGGCUCAGUGGCUCAAUUCCUUCUGAAGGCAUUAUUCCUGACUUUGUUUUUGCUCCAGCAUGUUCCUCUUAUUUCCUUUGUUGCUCUGGCUUUCCUUCAUAGGGUGGGAUUUCCUGGACAGCUUUUCCACUGCAUUUGUUUUUUUUCCCAACUUCCUCUCUUCUGUCUUAAAGGAGAAGUUCAGCCAAAAUCCCAGACCAUAUUAAAAAUGCUCUCUCUAUAUACAUUUCACUAUUGUUACUAAAUACAGUGCCCUCCACGAUUAUUGGCACCCUUGGUAAAUAUGAGCAAAGAAGGCUGUGAAAAAUUAUCUUUAUUGUUUAACAUUUUGAUCUUUUGUAAAAAAUAAAAUAAAAAAUAAAUAAAUAAAUAAAACACAUAAAUACUCUGCUCUCAUGGAUAUUAAACAGUUGCAAACAAGAAUAUAUUUGAAGUAUAUUCCCAUUGAUAUUUUAAAUUUGUGGUUUAGUCAUUAGCACGAUUGCCCCGUACUGCCGGGGUUGGGGGCUUGAUUCCCGUCUCCGCCCUGUGUGCGUGGAGCUUGCAUGUUCUCCCCAUGCUUUGGGGGUUUCCUCCUGGUACUGGUUUCCUCCUCCCUCAGUCCAAAAACAUGCAUUGUGGGCUGACUGGCAUCUCUAAAUUGACCAUAGUGUGUGAAUGGGUGUGUGAGUGUGUGUGAUUGUGCCCUGCAAAUGGUUGGCAGAUCAUCAAGGGUGUCCCCUGCCUUGCAACAACUUUUUGUGUGUGUGUGUGUGUGUGUGAUAUAGUAGUUAUGUUUAUGUGACAUUUUGUGUUUGUGUUUGUGAUAUUUUUGUUUACCUCUGUGAUAUUACGUUUGUGUUGUUUCAUAAGAAAUGUUUUUGAAAUGUUUUCUUUCAUGGCCAGUGAACAGAGGCCGUUUAAUCCUCAAGGCUUUUUAUACCUUUUCGACGAUAAUAACAGAUCUAUCGUUCUUCUAUCUUUUUCUGUUUUUUAAAAAAAAAUCUUCAGGAGCAGGCCUUCAUCCAGCAAAACCUUUCAGUAAAUCAUCUAAUACUACCGUGGGUUUAGUCGUAUUUUUGAUGUAAAGCCGGGGGAAAUGUACACAGCUGUUUGAUUAGAUCAGAUCCUCCCGGAUCUGAGAGCUCAUCACGUACUCCCGAAGCACAAUGCUUUAUAACGGAGCAAUUUGUCUGCCUCAAAUAAACCACGUAUCAACCAGAUGAGAAAUGUUCCAACUGGCAAGUUUUCUCCAAACUAAUAUCACCUGGAAAGACUGUGGCUCUUUCCCAGUACCAAGAAUGUAAACUUUGGACUUGUGUUCCUUUUUGCCAAGCACGAACAAUCCUAAAGGACGUAAUAAUAAGAGCGUACGAAACACGAUAUUUUUAAAUUUGGACAUUUUUUCAUUUUUGAGAAAUAAAGACGUGAUGAUUUCAGUUUAUAUGCCACAACGUAUGCAAAUUCCCUAAAAGAACUCCUAACCAAUGCAUAUUUGUUCCGAGACGUUCCCCUGUCUAUGGUCUAAAGCAUC